AUGGAGACUGCCUCUGUUGUUGCUGCUCCAGCAAGACUCUCACGAGCCCCACCAGUAGCAUUAGCCACAUUAGAAAAAAGUGGAUACGGUGUAUUUUCUCAUCCUGUGACGGUUGUGCGGACGGUGGAUCUCCCCUGUGGAUGUGUGACGGUGGCUGCUGGUGCUAACGUUGUCUCUGUUGGGCUCUUGACAAGUUUAACUCAACAGGAAUCAACACAACGGACGAGUUCUUCACUACCGGAGGAGGUGCGUGUGUGUAAAAUGUCUUCCAAGGUGGAGAGUCUUUUUCUCUCCAGUGGGAUGGUGAUAAGUAUGAGUCUUUCCCUUCUUCCUGGUGCGGGGGCGGUGUUGGGAGUUGUGGGGACCAGUAAUGGUUCUCUCUGUGUGUUUAUAUUAGAGAGCCGCGUGGCGGGUGGGGAGUCCCUGCGAUUGUUUAAAGUGUGUGAGUUGGGACUCUCGGAGUAUACGGAUGGAUUAAUUUCUCUUGCGGAUAAUGUGUUGGAUGUGGGAAUUGGCUUUGAUCCUGCUGGUCGACCGGAGUUUAUUACAGCAGCCACUACAACGUGUGUGGUGGUGUUGGAUACACAAUACUUUGAUGAGUCGUUGAAGGCAAACGCCACAGAGGCGGUGAUUCGAGUCUUUCGAAAACAAAAGCCCUAUACACAUCAACAACAAUCAUCACAACAACAUCAAUAUCAACAUCAACAACAGCAGUAUGUUGUGGUACGACCACCCAGUGAAGCCUUUUAUGUAACCUUUGCGGCUGCAGAGGUGGUGCGAGUGUUAGUACCGGAGCGUUAUCAUGCGGCCUUUGCUGUAGAUGUGGCUCUUGUGAUUGUGCUGGAUAAUGGAGAAGUGCGAUAUGUGGAGCGACAUGUUGUUGGUGGAUCUCUACAAUUGUUAUUGCAGCAUCACGAACAACGGCAAUCACGGCGAAGUGCGGUGGGACUCACUAUGAUACAAGAUGAAGAGAUGAUGUCUAACAAUAAAGAAGAUCCACGAACUCUACCGCAUGUAUUAUAUGCCUAUUCUCUAUCUGCAGUUACACAUAAUGUGUGUGUGGCUGUUGUGGGUCCACAUGUGGCUGCACAUGUGAUUAUAAAUGAUGCCGCAUUCUAUUAUGAUAGUUCAACGCAACAGAUGGAACUUGUGUUGAUUGGAGCGGAAAUGCAAUUUACUGAACGGUCUGGUGAGACGUGUGGGACGGCGGGAUGGUGGGCAAUUGCUCACGGUGUGGUCUAUGCACGGGAUACACUACGGCGUUUUCAAGAACAACAACAUAAUAAACAACAACAACAAAAGCAAAAAUCACGUGCACACUCACAAGAAUCUCAUCCAUUGGCAUCUUUUAUAAAAGUUUCAGGUUUUGCUGGACAAAAUUCAGGAACAUUGCCGAGAGAUGGACGUGGGUUAUCGACCUUAUUGGUAACACAAGAUACGAUGUUGUUAUUAUUUGCUAGUGGCAACGAAUUGCAUGUAUGCACAUUGUCUGGAGCCGGCAGUGGCAGUCGUGGAUCUUUACGGCAUGUCUACAGUGCUGGAUCUGUGAUAACGAGUAUGGCCUCUGCAGAGGCACGGGGUGCUGGGAAGUAUGCAUUUGUGAUUGCAUGUGGAUCAUCCAUUACACAUUUAUUAUUGUGA